CCAAAACCCUCAACAGGCUGCGGCAGCUUGCAAAGUGCUGUUUGUUCAUCGCUCCCAACCUCUUUUCUUCGUUGCUCUUCCCAAUUUGAUUACCGGUAAACAUUCAUAGCAAUGAAGAAGGAAAUUCUUAAAUCGCCGCCUAUCACAGCUUUCACUCCCGACGGCGAUUAUCUCGCUAUCUUCUCCUCAAAUGGAACUCUUAAGAUUUGGAGUACUCGUGAUGGGAGUUUACUGGCAGAGUGGAAGGACCUAGAUGGAAAAGAUGAUUUUGGUUAUUCCUGUAUGGCAUGCUGUCUUUUGGGGAAAAAGCGUAAAAGCAGUUAUUGUGUAGUUGCUAUUGGUACCAAUAAUGGGGAUGUGUUGGCUGUGAAUGCUUCAAAUGGAGAGAAGAAGUGGGCCUCUGCAGGCUGCCAUCCUGGUGGAGUUAUUGGCCUUUCUUUUGCGAACGAAGGCCGUAGACUGCAUACAGUUGGAAGUAAUGGAAUGGCCUCUGAGAUGGACACUGAAACCGGAAACAUUAUCAAAGAGUUCAAAGCUUCGAAAAAAUCAAUAUCUUCUUCAGCCUUUUCACUUGAUGAGAAGUACUUAGCUGUAGCUGGUAAAAAGUUGAAGAUUUUAAGCGCAGAUGACGGGGAUGAGCUUAUUGUGCACCCUGAUAAAUUGGAUCCUGUGAAGCUUGUUUCUAUAUCUGAUGAUGCUAAAACAAUAAUUACGUCAGAACUUGGAGCCAAACAUCUUCAAGUAUGGUGGUGUGAUAUGAGUGCGGGAAAAUUUAGUAGAGGUCCUGUUCUGUCCAUGAAUCAUCCUCCAUUUGUCUCAGAAUGCAGAAAUGUUAGCAAUCAAGAAGACAGCGUAGUUGUCUUGUCAGUAUCAGUAUCAGGUGCAGCUUAUUUAUGGAAAUUAAAGGUACUAUCUGAGGACGAGGUUAUUCCAACUAAAGUCUCUGUAAAAGCUAAUGACAACCAAUCAGCUGAGGAAAACCAUGGCAGUGCUAAGAAGAAUCGAGUUUCCGUCCUUGCUUCCAGAAUACAUCGUAUAGGAGACAAUGAAGUAUCAGUUCUUGUUACUCAUGGCUCCGUGGACCUACCACAACAUAGUCUUUUAGAUAUUGGUUAUACCGUGAAGGAAGAUGCAAAUACUGCACAUGAGAAUAAAACACUCCAACAAAAUGAUGGCGUUUCUGAACAAGGUCCCCAUGAGAUCGAACAAGUGAUUACGCCUAAAAGCAAGAAAAGCAAAAAGAAAAGAGCAGCAUCUGAUCUUGAUAGUCCGACCGCUGGAGAUGUCAGUGAUGUUGGCAAUGGAGAUGCUUCUGAUGUUGUAUUUAAUGAUGAUUUAAAUGAGCCAUCCAUGGGAGAGAAACUUGCGAGUUUGAAUUUGGCGGACCAGAAUGAGGAUGGAGGUCGUGAACAAGAAGAUCCUUCCGUUCCUGUAAUACCACCAAGUGCAGACUCUGUUCAGGUUUUGCUUAAGCAAGCGCUACAUGCAGACGAUCAUGCCCUUUUGCUAGAAUGCUUAUAUACCAAGGAUGAUAAGGUUAUUUCAAAAUCAAUAGCACAAUUAAACUCAUCUGAUGUUCUCAAGCUUUUGCACUCUGUAAUAUCCUUUAUCCAGUCAAGAGGGGCAAUUCUUGUAUGCGCCCUUCCAUGGCUUAGAGGCUUACUUCUCCAACAUGCUAGCAAAAUCAUGUCCCAAGAAUCUUCUCUCCUCGCUUUGAACUCUCUAUACCAGCUCAUUGAAGCUAGAAUUUCAACUUUCCAAUCCGCUCUACUGCUAUCAAGUAGCUUAGACUUCCUCUACACAGGGGUCCUGGACGAGGAGGAGAAUGAUAAUGACGCCAUUGUACCGAUUAUCUACGAGGAGGAAGAUAGCGACGAAAAUGAAACAGGCGAUGAAAUGGAAACUGAUGAAGAUGAUGAAAGGGAUGAAGUAGAAGCCUUUGACGAUCUUAGUGCUGGUGAAGUUGAUGAUGACAUGAGUGAAUGAUUUUAAAAGAUACAAAAAAAAAAAAAAAAAAAAAAAAAAAAAAAAAAAAAAAACCCUUUGUGGGAUUCUAUUUUUGAUCUUUCCCCCAAAAUGAGCUUUGCUCUGUAAUUUUGACAUGAUUAAUCUCCCUAAUGAAUGAGAGAAUUACUUAAACACAUUUCCCCAA